CGUUUGCUGUUGAGUUUUCGUUUUCCUGACUAAAUCUGAGAACUUUUGCCUAACAAAUGUGAACUCAAACUAUACUUAACUGUACAUGCUUUUACAAUAUGUAUAUAUGUGUAUCUGCAGUGUUUGUUAAUGUUGUUGCAUGUUUAUGUGUGACAACUCAAAACAAGUUAGCCGACAGUAAACUUUGCAGCUAGCAGCUAAAGCUAGCUGACUAGCUUUGAACAACAACGUUAGCCGGUCACCAGUUUCUUCCAUCUCGGGAUAAUGGCGAACCCGGCAUUGUUGCAGAAGAAGAAUGGAAAAUACUUGUGGUUUGCUCUUCUCGGGUUAGGACUUCAACCAGACAAACUCAACUUAACCGCUAAACGCAUCAACCUGGGACCGAAUAUGUUCGACAAACCAAACAAGGAUGCCUUCUACAUAGUAACCCAUUUCCUUUUGGAGAGACUCAGCCCAACACGAUUUAAUGAAGCAUACAGGCACUGCUGGCCUGUGUUGUGCCACAAAGCAGAUGCGGAGUUCCGCAAAGUAACCUGCGCUUGGCUGCGAGAAAUAAUGGAGGAAACUGCAAAUGCGGGAUCCAAAGUGGUGGCAUCCUUGUUCCUCUCACCCGGAGGCCCCAAGUUUGUCAGCUUGAUGCGUCAUUUGGCCAAUCACGUCAUGCUGCAGAAAAUGAAGACAUUCACAGCAGAUGAUAGCUGGGUUCCUGAGGCUGCAGCGCUGCCGGCUUCCUCCCUGGACAUGGCCGUGAAGAGGAUGGACCUGAUUCAUGCCAGGUUUCUGAAAGCUGCAGUAGAUCAGGAUCGUUUCUUUCACGAGUACCAGAGCCGAGCACAGCUCCUGGUGAAGUCUAUGAGGGACAUCAGAGCAGAGGGUGCCAAGUAUGAUGAGCUACUCAAGCGCCACAGCAAUGAUUCUGCACAAGAGGGAGCCUCUCUUUCUGAGAAGGCCAGAAAAGUGCGCUCCUUGUGGUCGGACAUUGAUGGAAUGCUGUCGGCCACCAAAGAGGAGCAGAAUGUGGUGGAAAGUGUUUUAAAGGGAGAUGUAGAUCAAUACAUCCUGGACGGGACGGAUCAGGUCCUCAAGAUUCCUCGCAGUCUGCUGGAGAGAAUUGAACAGCUCUCUCAUCAGUUGAGUUCAGGGAAUGUGUACGAGGCGGGUCAGCUGAACAUCCUGAGUGUGUUUGAGCUGACGAACCAUGCGCUGCAGCUCCUGAGAGAAGAGCGCUGUCUGGUCUCUGAGGCCCCCAAACCUCAGCUCAGUCCUCAGCAGCUGCAGGUGAAAUGUCAGCAGAUGGCCCGUGCACUGCAGAACCUCCACCUCAUCAGACAGAGGUUUUCCAAGGAAGAAAUUCCUGAGCUCAGGAGUGCCAUUGGAGAGUUGGAGGCUGCAUGGGACAGGAAGUGGAUGGAUACGCUCAAAGACACACCGCUUGUCUCUUUUCUGAAUGAAGAUCCUGCCCUUGGCUUCCUCUCACCAAUGGCUCCACUGUCUUUUGAACCGGCCGCUGACGCUAGCUACAGAAGUAGCAUCUUCUCACAGUACCCUGCAUCCCUUCUUGAGAAACCUGCAGAGAGUAAACCACAGGAAGUCCUCCUCCCUAGUUAUUCUAAACCGAUGAGCCCUCAACCGUUACCAGCUGAGAAGUUUGACAGUCCUGUCGUCACCGCUGCAGCACCGUCACAAGCAAACGCUUCUCUGGACUCGCUCUUUGACACCCCCCCGUCCCCCCUCCGGAAGGCUCCAGCAGUACCACCCCCUCAGGCUGUUAUUGCCAGUGUGAGGAAGAUUGCUCAUGUUCCUCAGAAUGCAGCACCCAUCAGGACCAAGACUCAGAUUUUAGACAUGGAGUGUGAUAACCUCGCUGACCAGUUUGCCGAUGCUGUUGCUACAACCAGUCCCACAGCAGGCAGGGUCAAAGGUCUGGAUUUGGACGGCCUUCUUGGCACUCUUCAUGGAGAUCCCUUCUCCACCAAACAGCAGCUGCCACGCACACCUGAGAGGCUGAUUCUGGAUGUGAAGAACUCCUGGCGUAAGGCAGUUGCGGAGGACAAAGCUGAGAAGAUGAAGCGGAUAACAAAGUUUAACGACAGCGUUAAAAGUUUGCACACACCCCUCCACGAGAACAUUGAAGUGCAGAGCCAGAAGGGAGUCUCGCUCAAAUCUUCCCUGCUGUGGGACACCUUCGACACCGAGGCCCUGGACAGCCUGAGCGGCACGGGCAGCAGCGCCGUCCAGUUCAGCCUCAAUCAGGAGACGCUCCCAGAAAUGCCGAGCUACGAUAGCCUGCUGAGCCUCGACGAUGAAGCGGUGGAUAUGAACUCCUGGCGUAAGGCAGUUGAGGAGGACAAAGCUGAGAAGAUGGAGCGGAUAACAAAGUUUAACGGCGGCGUUAAAAGUUUGCUCACACCCCUCCAGGAGAACAUUGAAGUGCAGAACCAGAAGGGAGUCUCGCUCAAAUCUUCCCUGCUGUGGGACACCUUCGACACCGAGGCCCUGGACAGCCUGAGCGGCACGGGCAGCAGCGCCGUCCAGUUCAGCCUCGAUCAAGAAACGCUCCCAGAAAUGCCGAGCUACGAUAGCCUGCUGAGCCUCGACGAUGAAGCGGUGGAUAUGACGAGUGAGGAUGAUGAUGAGGAGCUGCUGAUUCCCUCCCUGAAGACGGAGGAGAAGCAAACCCCACUCACCACACAUCCUCUGGGCCGGAUCCAGCAGGCGUGCAGCGAUGGCUCCUAUAUAAGCAGGCAGAGGACAGCAGAGUGUCUUCUGACGGAUCACACAGCUUCCGGUUUGGACAGAGACUGGCUGAUGGAGCCUAUGAGUUCAGUGGAGGCCACAGCAAAGGUCUUCUCACUGGAUUUAGACACUCUGAAGACUCCUUCCCCAUUAAAGAAGCAGGAGUAUAGCCUCCCAAAACUGAUCACUUUCUCCCCGAUGGAUGACAUGAAGUGAAUUGUAAAGUGUGCUAUAAAUAGCUGUAAAGUAACCUACUUAGUUGCCAUUUAAAUUACUUUUCUCUGUUUUUAAGGUAAGACAUUAACUGCUUUAAUAAAAUUGUAAAUAUCCAUGGUUAUUUUUAGUAUUGUUUGUCUGCAGGGAAACAUUAACAUCUUGUAAUUUCCAAGAUAUGUUUGUCCAUUAAACUAUUGAUAAAGAUA